AUCGUAGAGCGGCUCUGGCAGCCGUAAAACUCCAAAGAAGCGGCUGUUAUGUUUGUUGUGUUGUUAGAGUGGAACGUAUUUAAUAUUCAGCGUAUUAUUGUAGCAUUCGCGUAUCAAAGUGUUUACCAUUACGUUAGCUUGUCGAGUUAAGUUGUUAACUCAACUUUGUUGAAUAGCUAACGUUAGCCACCUUGCUUUCACUUUUAAGUCUUGGAAGUUCUUACUGCAGCUAGUUAGCUCUAAUAAUGGACGGUUACUUGAGAAAGUACCAUCGUUUCUCUACCAGGAUGCUCCUCAUUGUCCUGGUAUGCAGCCUGUCUCUGGCUGCCACAGGACAGCAGGACGAGGACUGGAUAGACCCCUAUGACAUGCUCAACUACGAUGCAAGCACCAAGACGAUGAGGAAGCCUGCAGAGCCAGCAAACUAUGACAAUGUGCCCACCAAGAGAAGAGAGUAUACUCAGGACCACGGCCAGGUGGAGCCGACGCCGUGUAGCAAACAAGUAGAGGCUCUACAGAGACAGAAUGAAGAAUUAAACAAGAGAAUCACGGCCAUGUCUCAGCAGCCUUCAUGCAAUCCAGUGUUUAAACGAUUCCUUACCAGACUCCGGAAGGAAAUACAAAGAGUUGGUUUGCCCAGUGACUCCACGGACAUCCUCUAUGAUGCCAAAAUCAGGCUGUCCUCACAAGCCAUGACAGAGAUUCAGACACUUCUGGAGGGCGAAGACAGCUGGAGAACAGGGGCUCUGGACAAUGCCCUUAGUCAGAUACUGGUAGAUCUUAGACCGCAUGACUACGAGGCCUGGAAGUGGCGUUUUGAAGACACCUUUGGAGUGGAGCUUGACACACUAUUAAAAAUUGGGCUGGGUGUUCUGGUCAUAGUGGCCAUCAUAUGCACUCAGCUGUGGUCAAAGGUCUCCUGGUUCAUGCAGUUCACUAGACUGUUUGCUGUCUGCUUCUUCGUCAGUAUUAUCUGGAACUGGCUUUAUCUGUACAAGAUUGCCUUUGCCGAACACCAAAGCAACCUAGCGAAGAUGGAUAACGCCUACGAAAAAUGCACUGGAGUGAAGAAAAUUGACUGGAGUGAUAGCUUGAAAGAGUGGUUCAGAAGCACCUGGACUCUUCAAGGUGACCCUUGUAAGAAAUACUAUGAAGUCCUCAUGGUCAACCCCAUUCUGCUGGUACCUCCAACCAAGGCAAUCGCAGUUACCAUCACAACAUUCAUCACAGAGCCGCUGAAGCAUGUUGGACAGGGGAUCAGUGAAUUCCUUGUAGCCCUCCUCAAAGAUCUUCCAAUUACCCUGCAGAUCCCAGUUCUCCUCACUAUUGUGAUCGCCAUUGUGGUAUGCGUGUAUGGAAGUGUGCAGGCAUCCUUCCGGUAUGGCAUCACUGCACCUUUCCGCCGCCCUCGAAGGGAUCCACCUCCUCCACAGCUGGAGCACCCGCAGCCUCACAUCCAGGAGAUCGAGGACGGUGACCACUUAGCGGGAGGGGACGCGCCACAACAUGCCCCAAGGCACAGAGUCAAUGACGGCAGAUUACAAAGGAACCAGGUUCAUCAGAGGCGGCCUAACCGACCCAGGGAAGUGGUUGUGGAGACACUACGCACUGCCGGGUAUCCCUACAGUGAGGAUGAGGCGGAUGCUGCGCUGCGUGAGGCGGAGCAGAAUCCCUCCGCUGAGUCAGAUUCAGAAAACCUGCAGGAGACACCAGAGGAUCUAGAAGGAGAGAGCGCUAGCAGUGUUGCUGCUAACACAACCCAAACAAAAACUAAACCCACUGAAUCCGAUUCUUCUCCAUCAAAGACUAAACCUCUGAAAGCGAAUGAAAAGCUUUCUCAAGAUAAACUCAGCAGAGACAGUGCAGCACCCAAACCUCAGGGAGCAGGAAGGCGGCCUCCUCAAACUGAUGUUCAGCUUUGCACUAAUGGGAUGGUGAAUAUUCACAUUGGACAUAAAUUGGACCUGCAGGUCUCAGCAGAAGACGGGACAUCCUCUGUCUCACUGCCGUCCAUUGAAACUGUCGGAGUUCCUGUUCAGGAGACAUCUGCCACAUCAAUGGAGUAGGCUGCUUCUCCAUCGGUCAAAGCUGAAAGCAUAGAUGCAAAGUGAUGCAAAGAAGACUUAAUAACUGACUCACUGUUUAAAUGUGCACAAACAACAUUUCAGAGGUAACCCAAUGGAGAAAGCAGCCCAGUUUUGCCAACUAACUUUCUGCCCUGUGGUGCACUGAAUGUGCCUUUCCCUGAGCAGAGUCAACAAUACAGUUAAGUGAAUCUGCUCAUUAUUUCAUGAUGAUUUCAGCUGUGCUGUAGUUCCUCAGUUAGAAAGAGUCAAAUGUUUGAUCGACCGCACAGCAGCCACAAUAAAAUGAGUAUCAGGGAAAGGGAACGGAUGUUGUUAAAAACAUUAUUUACUUGGUCUGGUGUUUCUGUGUUUUUUUUUUUACCCAUGGGUCAGGAAUCAUGGUCAUGGUCUUUUCCUAGUUUCACUGUAAUGAUAACAAUGAACAAGUAAUAAUGUUUUAAAUUUUGAAAGUUAAAUAUGCAUUUGGAUUUUGUAAUUUAAAAGGGUUAAAAUAAAAUGUAUUUCUUGAUGCUGUAUUUUUUACAAUAAGCAUUUAUUUUAUUUUAUUAUUAUUAGCGAUUUGUAUAUAGAGGGCUUGAAAUAGUGACACUGAAGUCAGUUUUGCUGGGCUGCAGUGCUACAUACGAAGAUUAAAACUGAUUAGAUUUUAUUUCAAACAUGUUAAAAACCAACAAAACCUAGCAAAAGAGAGUAAAUAUUGGACUUACAUCAGGUGACAGAAACAUGAGUCCAAAUGAAGGAUAAUGCUGCUUAGUGUCUGCUGGAUGUGUAAAUAGGCAACUGCUGCUAAAAUGUUAAUUUCAUCAACUUUACAAGGUGAUCCUCUACCCAUGUUGUGCAGUUUAUUUGUACUACCCUCAAAUGGCAAACUGUAUAUGUACAUUUGCCAAAUGUUAUUACAGGUGCGUGACCUUUUUAAGAAGUAAAUCUUAUUAAUGGGUAAUAAUCUAAUAGAAAUAAAAUGUUACAAUGAAUUUG